UUGAAUCCUUAAUUUAUGAAAAAGGGAAAGAAAAAGGAAUUAAAAGUUUACAUUGUCCAUUUUAUGGUUGUGCAAAUUGUCCCAAAGUUCUUUUAAAUUCUACUGAUUAUCAAAAGAGAGAAUCACUUUUAAAUUUAAAGGUUUCAAAUGAACAUCAACAGCAUCAAUCUUCUAAUAGUAACGAAAACUCCUCUUCUUCAUCCUCAUCUACAGGAGAAGAUUAUUAUUCAAGCAUUGUACAAUUAGAUAAUUUUGAGGAGAAUGAUGAAACGCAAAAAUUUCAUCUAAAUCCCCCAAAAUCACCACCACCUCCGCCUCCACCAAAUUUUACAAUUGCUAUGCCAGAAUUCCCAACAGCAGCACCUCCUUAUCAAUUAAGGCAUAGCAAUAGUAUGCAAUACACAACAACAAAUAUUAAUAGACCAAUAAAUGGAUUUAUUAAUGAUUGUGGUAUCAGAAGAGAUAAUUUAUUUUAA